AUGGAUGGCCUACCCUCCAAUAAUCUAUCUUCAACCUCCCUCGAGGAGAGCCUGAUGAUGAACUACAUGGCAUCACAGCUGUCAAAAAUCGUUGUGUUCGGCCCAGGUUCAAAUUGCACGCUCGAAAUAUGCCCCCUUGACUGGAGCGUCUACAAAUACCGGCCGUCGCUCUCUAUCAACGCCGGUUUUCUCACCCUCUUCGGUCUGGCUAUGGUCAUACAUAUUUAUCUCGGUAUCCGUUGGCGGAGCUGGUGGUUCAUGGCUUUCAUGAUCUCCGGUUGCGUAUUCGAGAUGAUCGGAUAUGGUGGUCGAAUCAUGCUCUACAAGAAUCCGUUUUCUUUCCCCGGCUUCUUGAUCCAAAUCAUCUUCAUCACUGGAGCUCCUGUCUUUUUUACCGCUGCCAUUUAUGUUACCCUGUCUAAAACGCAAGUACUCCUUUGUUCAUCGACCAAUCUUGAGCGGGAACUAACCAUAAAUUAUUGGAUCAUUUGUAGGAUCGAACACUUUUCGGCAGCACUAUCACGGAUCAGACCCAAGCUAUUCUAUUAUUUCUUCAUCCCUGCUGACAUUAUCUGCCUUGUUUUGCAAGCAGCCGGCGGUGCAGUGUCGACUGUGAGUCGAGGUGUUAGCCAGAGGGGAAUUGAUAUCGCAAUGGUAGGGCUCAUUCUUCAGGUCACUGUCCUUGUCGUAUUCAUUGCGCUUUUUGGCGACUACAUGGCGCGAUAUCUUCGGUCACAGGUCACGCAAAGGUUUACAACGACAGAGACAUCGUUUUUCAUCUGCCUCGCUUUGGCAACCGUGUUGAUCUUGGCGCGGUGUGCGUAUCGCUGCUAUGAGCUGAAGGAAGGCUAUACGGACUCUGAGCUGAUCACUAACGAGAGCCUAUUCAUUGCAUUGGAGGGGGGUUUGGUUUAUGCGUCGUCACUACUACUUUGUAUUGGGCAUCCUGGUCUCAUCUUUCAUGGGACAGGGUGUGAAAAGCUGGAUGACGAUGAUGUUUCAGGUGACCAGAUUCCGCUGGAACGAUUUGUGUACAGGGAGCCAGAACCGGAGACGGAAAUUGGAGUGGCCAAGUAG